AUGCAAGCGUUUCGUCUGCGCAAUCCUGACGAUGCACUUGGAGGACCCCAGGUGAUGGCUGCUUGCACGCAGGCAGCUGCACUUCUAGAUACUUACCGCACCCUACGGAGGGCGUACUUAAACUUUUACAGGGAACAGGAUUCAGACGCGGGCAUGUCAGAGGACAGCGCUGCAUGGAUGUCCGGGCGAUUCAGCCUGAUGCUGGAAGAGGACCCAGCCGUCGGAAAAGACAGGGAGUUGCAAAAAUGUUUGAAAUGGUGCAUCGACUCAACCUUGGUUCUGCAGCAGAUGCUGUCCCAGCGCGCCAUCACUGAAAUUCAUGAAAGCAGUGUGCCUCCUGGCAAUGCAUUGAAUAACCUGCUGGACGUCUCAGAAUCUGGAUGCGAUUCUUUCAGCUCCCGCAUUACACAAUACUUGCUAGCGCGAUGCCGAGACGAAUCAAAGGAGCGCCUAGCUCAGAUUCAUGUCUGGGCGGCGCUUAGCAUGGCCUUCUCCGAACAUUUUUUUAAAGAACAACUGACUUGUGCAGUUAGAGCACAGGGAAAUUCUGAAAAGGCUCUUAGUCUCGUGAGAGCUGCACUGUCAUUAAGCUGGGAACGUACAAGCCUCCCCCAAAUUUUGAAAUCUCACUUGCUUCUUUUGCAAGCAGUGAAGAGCAUUGAAGAUAGCAGGUUGCUAACAGACCCCGACAAGGAGCGCAUAGCGAAGAACUGUGGCAACAUUGGACCACCGCAUAUGAAGGAAUUUUCGCCCUUAUUUGAAGAGCCGAAAACCUACGAAGAGGCGCUCAUUUCGAUGUACACACUGCCCCUGUCUCAAGGCAAUGAUUCCAGGAGUGGUGAUGAUAGCAACGUUAACCGGCAACAACGCUCAGAACUAGAAGAACUUGACAGCAGUAACGUGCACGGAGACCCAAAUUCGGAAACACCCAAGGAAGGUACUAGCUAUCAUGCCCAAAUAUUGACAGAAAAAGUGUCCCUCGUGACUCCGCAGUGCUUAUUGGUCCUUUCCGUUCCGCAAAAAGGACCUGAAAAGCCACAGUUUCACCACAUUUUUGCAAUGCGCGCCCGCUUGGCUCUCUGCUUGCGAACAAGCGCGGGCGACACUUUUGGCAGACUCUUUUUCUGUGUUUCAGGACAAACGCGUGCCACACAGCAGGAUGAAAACACCUACCCCCGUAGCUCUCCACCCCCACCUCCACCGCGCGUAUACCGAGAGGGCCAACCUGAACAGGCAGUAGACGAAUAUCGUCCGCAUAAGAUUGUACAAAAGACGGCAGUAAAUGUGCCAACUAGGCAGAAGGAGCUCAGUGAGCCACAAGGAACCGAUUUAUCUACUUCAGGUGAACGGGCAGAAGACAGUCAACAUCAAAACACAGACGCGCAAGAGCUGGCUACACGCAGUGAGUCAAAUGAAACUCAAGAAAUGUCCCCAGUGCCCCCGCCCAGCACAAGUGAGCAACCUGUUGCACACAGCCACACUUCAGAUUCGGUUGAGAAAAUGCAACUCUCACACACGGUGCCAGCUCCACUAGCAGCUACCACGCCUGAAGAGCAUGCUUCAUCAAAGUCAAUCCAGCCAAGAGGCUCGGGAACUCAAGGCGAAGGCGUUGCAAAGCCUUUAGACACGCCAGAUAGGCACGGUACCGGCGGAUUAUCUAAAGCGCCUCUUGAGGAAAAUAAAAGCAACGCAUCUUCGAGUGCACCACCACCACUGCCUGGACGCAUCAAGUUUGGCUCAGCACGAAACCGAAGUCCUACGGAGCACGAAUCUGGAGACAAGCCAGAACUCCGGCGCGUUGCGUCAGAUGACUAUAGGGCACGUAGACAAGCCCUCCCGAGAAGGAAAGAAGGUAGCCUAUAUAGCCACCGUCUGCUCUGGAGCCCAGAACAAUCACCCGCCUCAACAGGAACUCUGCGCAAAAGGGAUAAUUCUUAA